AUGCUGUUCCGCUUCGGCGUGGUGGUGCCGCCCGCGGUGGCCGGGGCGCGGCCCGAGCUACUGCUCGCGGGAUCGCGGCCGGAGCUGGGGCGCUGGGAGCCGCGCGGGGCCGUGCGCCUCAGGCCCGCGGGCACCGCGGCGGGGGCGGCCGCGCUGGCGCUGCAGGAGCCCGGCCUGUGGCUCGCCGAGGUGGAGCUGGCGCCGGACAACGAGGCGGCGGCGGUCGGCGGGACGGAGCCGGGCCGCGAGGGCGCCGGCCGCGUAGACACGUUCUGGUACAAGUUCCUGCAGCGCGAGCCCGGAGGCGAGCUGCGCUGGGAAGGGAAUGGGCCUCACCACGACCGUUGCUGUACAUACAAUGAAAACAACUUGGUGGAUGGUGUGUAUUGUCUCCCAGUAGGACACUGGAUUGAGGGCACUGGGCACACCAACGAGAUGAAGCACACAACAGACUUCUAUUUUAACAUUGCAGGCCACCAAGCCAUGCAUUAUUCAAGAAUUCUACCAAAUAUCUGGCUGGGUAGCUGCCCUCGUCAACUAGAACAUGUCACUAUCAAACUGAAGCAUGAAUUGGGAAUUACAGCUGUCAUGAAUUUCCAGACUGAAUGGGAUAUCAUCCAGAAUUCUUCAGGCUGUAACCGCUACCCCGAACCCAUGACUCCAGACACCAUGAUGAAGCUGUACAAGGAAGAAGGCUUGGCCUACAUCUGGAUGCCCACACCAGACAUGAGCACUGAAGGCCGAGUGCAGAUGCUGCCACAGGCUGUGUGCCUCCUGCACGCCCUGCUGGAGAACGGACACACUGUGUACGUCCACUGCAACGCUGGGGUGGGCCGCUCCACCGCUGCCGUGUGUGGCUGGCUCCACUACGUGAUUGGCUGGAGCCUGCGGAAGGUGCAGUACUUCAUCAUGGCCAAGAGGCCUGCGGUCUACAUCGAUGAAGAAGCCCUGGCCCAGGCGCAGGAAGACUUCUUUCACAAGUUUGGGAAGGUUCACUCUUCCAUAUGCAGCUUAUAGGUGGCCAAUCUGCCUCUCCUUCGAGUUAGUGGAAGAGCUACAGACGAAGACCCCAUCGGAACUGAGGGGGCUGUAGCCCACAGGUCACCCGGGGAUACCCUCUAUAACGGCUUGGUAGGGAUUAUCUUUGAAAUAUGUUACAAAGGAAACUGCAUGGCACAUAAGAAAAAUGCGAAGUCAGCUGGGCAGUGCAAUGUAGGC